GCCUGGACAGACCGGAGGUGACAUGGCCUCAGCUCAGCCAGAGCAGUCCAGGGUCCUGCAGGACGAGCUCACCUGCACCGUGUGCCUGGACCUGUACCGGGACCCACACUUGCUCCCGUGUGGACACAGUUUUUGUAAAACCUGCCUUGAUCGCCUGAAGCGGCAAGCGAACCGAGGCCGUUUACACUGUCCCGAGUGCCGCGACAGCCACCGGUGCGACACCGCCUUCCAGAAGAACUUCAAACUCGCCAACAUCGCGGACGACUAUCGCCACAGGCGCAGAGCCACGACCGCGGCCGCAUCAGCCUUAAGAUCCAGGGAGCUGCUGUCGUCUUCUCUGGCAGCACUGAGUGCCGUCGGUGUGUCAGCUGUUCCAUGUGACUACUGCCCUGCAGCGGCCACCGAGACGCCGGGCGUCAGCACCGCCGAGGACGGAGCCUCUGCUGCUUCUGACUCUCAGGAAGCUUCUGCCGCUGCCGCUGUUGCACCAACGCUCGCUGUCAGGACGUGCCUGAAGUGUGAGGUGUCCAUGUGCCAGGAGCAUGUGAUUCCACAUCUGGAGCUGCCGGCGUUUCGCGAGCAUCCCCUCAUCGAACCACUGAAUGACUUCUGGAAAAGGAAGUGCCCCACUCAUGAUGAGAUCUUCAGGUACUACUGCAUGGAUGACAAGAUGUUUGUGUGCAAUGCUUGCACCUUCGAGGGACAACACGAUGGACACGCAGUCAAGACUCUGUCCAACACAAUGAAAGAUCUCAAGGCCUCGCUGGAUGAGCAGCUCUACAAACUGGAGAGAAAGUACAGCCUGGUGGAGAAGAAACUGCAGGAGCAGAAAGAGAAGGAGAGACAGAACAAGAAGUUCAUGGAUGACUCCGAGCAGUGUCUGACCAGACUGGGCGAGGACAUCAAGACCAAGGUGCUCCUCUUCAUCACCAGACUACGGGACUUCCCGCGCAUACGACAAGACGUCAACAACCUGACCAUCCAGAAGAACAUCUCCAGGAUCUGCCAGGACCAGGUGCGCCUCCAGGAGGCCCGCUGCGGCCUGGAGACCCUCAUGCAGGAGAACGACCCGUUCCGCUUCAUCGAGGCCUACAAGACGACGGGAAAACAGUGCUGCAGACAGCUGAGAAAAACCAUGUUCUACCCGGAAUACGUUGACAUGGAGAUGGAGGCUCUUGCGGUGAUGAUGGAGGAGGAGAUGAGGAAGUUUCUUGACGAGGAGUUGCCCUGUCACAUCGACGCUGCCAUCAGUUCCCUGUGUCACGUUUCUGAUCCCGAGGAGGAGGAGGAGCAGGACGACAACGAGGCGGAGGAGGAAGAGGAGGAGGACGACGACGACGACGACGACGAUGACAGCAGCGAGGAGGACAUGAGGAGCAACGGAGACGAGGAGGAGGACCACGAAGACCUGCACGAUCAGAACGAGCUGGUGGACGAUCUCUACAGCCCCGGGGAGGAGGAGGAGGAAGAG